ACACUGACCUGAUACAGCAAAAUGUGGGCGGCAGAUGCUGAAGAGCAGCAGCUUGGGAGUUGACGGAAUUGGUUCUCUGGACGCAUGGGAAGCAUUUACAAGAAACAGAAUCAGAAGGCUGGGGAAUUUACGUUCUAUCUCGUCUUCCUUGGGCCAGGAAGGCUGGUGUGGCCAUUUGGGGGAAGAGUAGAGAGAAUCCUGUCAUAGCGUGUGAAGAAAACAAUGAAAAGUAUAUUUGCAUUUGAAAGCGGUAAAUCAGUCCUUAGUAGGCACUUGCUGCCGACUCUACGUGGUUGUCAGGAUAUGCUAGGAGCAUAGAGAUAGAACAGAACUUAGCUAUUGUUUCGCUUAGGCACGGUUUUUGUUUGUACUCUUCCAGCUGGAGACUUUCCUACAGGUUUGAGCGAGGCGUGACUGUAUAAGGGCUUGUUUUGGGCGGCGGGCGAAUGUGGUGACAGUGGUAGGAUGUAGCUGCACAACAGUUUGCGAGCUGUCUCGUCCUGUCAGGGCCCCUUGGUCAGGCUUGUUGUUAUGUAUGCAUUGCUCUGGGGAGAGCCCAUCCAUGGGAGUAUGGAUGAAGUGGGCAAUUGCCAUACUGAGGCAGUGAGGGAGGGUCUGUAAGGAAGGGAUUGCUUCCAGGUAAUGUCCAUGGGUUAGGGUUGUGAGCAUCGGGUGAAAUGGCGGGGUAGGAGAAGAGCUUAGAAAUGACGCAGUGACAUGUGCUGAACUGGUUGUAGGGGGGGAACCACCUCUCCUUUCCUGAUGUGGGAAGCACCUCCUCAGUGGCUGUAGGGUGUGGGCAAUUGCCAUAGUGAUGCAGUGAGGCAGGGUGUGUAAGGGGGGGAUUGCUUCCAGGGAAUGUCCAUAGGUCAGGGUUGUGAGCAUGGGGUGAAACUGUUUGGUAGAAGAAGAGCUUAGGAAUGACGGAGUGACGUGUGCGGAACUGGUUGCAGGGGGACUAACCACCUCUCCUCCCUUCGAGUCGCGGGGAGCACCUCAGUGGCUGAAGGGUUGGAUUCCCCCUCUGGCAGAGCACAUUGUAUUGCAUUUUGCAUAAUCAGGGCAUUGCAUCAUCUUUGUAAGUUCUGUGUAUUCCUUUUUUCUCGUAGCUGUAUCUUUUUUUUUUCUCUAUCUGGAGCAAGAAGCGUGUCCCUAUCUGCGGAGGCCGCCGGAGUGUGGUGUGUAGGUUGAGCAGAGCCUCAUAGGUGGAUGUCUUCCUUUGCUGGGGGAGCAGGCUGGUGUCAAGGUAAGCCGCUAGCAGGUGUUUCUGUAAUUUCGUGGUAUGUCAUCUUUUGUUCUUGGUGUGGUUGGGCCCGUUGAAUGCUUUGUUGGAUCUUCUGUUACAUGGUCGCUGAGAAGAAGGAAGAGGAAAAGGAGCUGGGGCAGGCGGCACGAUGGUGUCGUUUGCGCCUUCGCUUGCUAGCCAUAUUGGCAAUUUGAUUGCCAACCUGAGCAAGAAGAACUUGAAAGCAGUUCUUGUGGAGUCGAACCAACUCGCAGACUUGUAUGGCCCCGAUGGAAGUCUUAUUCUCCUUCGCGUCUGCUUGGAGCAGAAGCUGGAUCCUGAUGGGAAGACACAGAAUCAGCAACCUAAGAUACACUUGCUGCUGUCAGUCUUUGAGAAACUUGUGGCGCAGCCGAACUUUGCCUCUCUGAUUUGUCAGGCUGUGGCAUUGAUCCCCAAAGUUGUUGCGGAAGACUUCCUCUCAGAUCUGACCAAGACAGUCAAGCUUCCACUUCACCAGCAGUUGGCACUAGGACUCGCACUCACUGAGGCGGAGAGCAGUAACUGGAGCCUUGAAGGGGAGAGGUUCCUUCUCGAGAAGUUGUCCGAGGUGUGUGAGAACCCCGGUGCGGCUGGGCCCCUACCCGAGUCCCUCUUGACGAGGUUGCUGCUUCUCGUUCAGAACAAUGAGCGGUUCUCACGACUGGUUGGGCCGUUUCGGGAGGCCACAGCCGAGCUUCGCUCUCAGCCGGAGGUACCUCUUGUGCAGAAACCGUUGCUGAUGGAUGACGUACAUGAUGUGGACUGCCUGAGGGAUUUCUUUGCUGAAUCAGCUUCAACCGUUUCGGGUUUUGCAGAUAUGGCUGCCGAGCUAAAGUCAUCGGGACAUGUAGCCGAUGUCAUGGAGGAGCUUGGGUAUAGGUGCUCGGUAUCUGCAGAGCACUGCAAGGAGGUGCUGGCCCUCUUUCCUACCCUGAACGAGGAGGAGAUUGCUCGCGUUAUAGGGAUGAUGGUGCGGUCCCAUGGGGGGGAGGCGGAUCCACUAGGGGUCGUUCAUCACACAUUCACCACAGCCUUGUUUACAGCCCAAGUCAGCAGUAGUGGCAGCAGUGUUGCAGGAGGUGGAAGCACUGCAUCGGACUCCUCGCCAGCGCUGACAAGCUGGAAUAUUGAUGCUGUCGUGGAGGCCAUAAAGCAGACGGUUUCAACCUUCAGCUCGGCGAAAGUUGCAGAGGGGUUUGAUCACGAGGGAUUCUUGGUGUCCGAUCAGAAAGCAUUUGUGCUGUUGAUGACCAUUUACACGAGACUAUGCGCAGAUCCAUUUCCUGUCAUGGCAGUCUGUGGCAGGGUAUGGCAGAAUGCUGAAGGUCAGAUAUCAUUCCUGCGGCAUGCGGUUACAGCAGGGCUAGAGCUGUUCUCAUUUGCCGACUCUCCUCGGAAACAACCGCCAGUGGAAGGCUUGCACGGACACAAGUCACCAUAUGGCACACCGAAUCAUGCAUGGCUGUCUCUCGACCUUUUGGAAAUGCUCUGCCUCUUGGCAGAGGCAGGCCACCUGUCCAACGUUCGCCCGCUGCUGGAAUAUCCACAGAAACAUUGUGCCGAAGUACUGCUCCUCGGAGUGGCACAGGUCAAGACACCAUGGAACCUUCUUCAGGCGGAGGUCAUCUCAUCUUUGAUGCCAAUUUAUCUGGCAAACCACCCAAAUUCGAGCACGGUUAUGCAUCUCCUGUGGCCUCUCAACAAAACAGUUGUCAUAAGUUCAAUGGUGGAGGCGCAUUCCAAGGAUCCGAGCAUGAUUGCACGGAUUCUUGACGUUUGCCAAGAUUUGAAGGAGCUGCGAACGGUGCUAGAGAGGACGCCCUUCUCUUUUGCGAUUGAUUUGGCGGCUCUCGCUUCAAGGAGGGAGUUUUUGAACCUGGAGAAAUGGCUUCAGGAUGGGAUAACGACCCAUCGCAAUUCUCUGUAUCAGGCGGUGUUGAGGUUCCUGCGGGACAAGGUGGUCAGCGAUGCUCACCAAGAUGGUCAGCCGGUGGCCGGGCAAGCAGUUCAGCGUACAGGACCGAUUAUCAACCUCUCUCUCGAAACGAUGGCGAUCUUUUUCAAGCUGCUACGAGCAAGCAGUCAGCAUGUCUCAACGGAAUUGGCUGAUGAAGCAACGCAAAUGUAUGCCUUGGCAGUGAAAAUGCAUCCGAAACUGGGCAUGGUGGGAUCUGAGCAGGCUACACCAGAAAUGUUUGCAACUGACAUUGAAGAGGAAGCCAACUCCUACUUCCAGAAGGUGUACAAUGGUCAGAUGAAAAUAACCGAGGUUGUGGAGAUGUUAAAGAGCUUCAGCAAGUCGAACAACCAGAGGGAGGAGGAGAUCUUUGCGUGCAUGAUACAGUGCCUCUUUGACGAGUACCGCUUCUUCCCCAGUUACCCGGAAAACUAUCUUCACACGACUGCAGUUUUGUUUGGCUCACUCAUUUCCAACCAGCUUGUGUCUGCGAUAACCUUGGGGAUAGCGCUGCGUUGCGUUCUCGAUGCUCUGCGAAAAUCUCCGGACUCGAAGAUGUCAGCGUUUGGCUUGAUUGCUUUGCAGCAGUUCAUGGAUCGCCUUCGUGAGUGGCCACAGUACUGCAACCAGAUCUUACAGAUCCCACACAUGCAUGAAAAGCACCGGGAUAUUGUGGAGUACAUCAAAACCAUCAGGAACUGUGCUCCUGCAACCCAGGCUGAUCUGACUUCGAGUGCCGCAGUCCCGCUUCCCGAGUCCAUGAACGGGCAGCUUGCCGGUCUCCAGGCUCUUCCAAAACCUGCAGUUCAAUGGCAAUUGUCGAUUGCUGACGAUAGCGUUCAAAAGCUAGCAGGACUGUCGUUGGCGACGCUUGCAAAGCCGGGAUCGCCAAUCACGGGCACACAACAGCAGCCACAGCCAACUUCUUCCUUGCAGCCAACACAGCAACAGCAGCAGCAGCAGCAGCAGCAGCAGCAGCAGCAGCAGCAGCCACAGACUUCCCAUCAGCAGCCACAAGGUGCUGCGCCGGACACUGCACCAGUAGAGAUGUUGGCUUCGAUAGGUGCGGGCAGGCAGGUGAUAGUUCCGGUAAGGAGCGGAGGUGGCCAAGAUCAUGUCCAUAGGCUAACAGCAAAUGGACAGCCAACAGGAGCAGCAGGGGUGAUGCGGAGCUCGUUGAAGACUCCAGGCUUUGGACAUGCGUUGAAUAUAGAGACCCUCGUUGCCGCUGCUGAGCGCCGGGAAGGACCGCCUAUCGAGGUUCCCUCUCAGGAGGUCCAAGAUAAGGUUGCAUUCAUCAUCAACAACAUCUCAUUGGCGAAUAUUGAUGGCAAGUCCAAGGAGCUUAUGGACAUCUUGAAGGAGCAGUAUUACCCUUGGUUUGCCCAGUACAUGGUGAUGAAAAGGGCAAGUAUCGAGCCCAACUUUCACGAGCUGUACAUGAAGUUCAUGGACAAAAUUAACUCGAAAAACCUUCAGAAGGAGAUAGUCAAGGCGGCUUACGAAAACUGCAAGGUUCUGCUCAGAUCGGAGCUGAUUAAGUCGAGCUCAGAGGAGAGAUCGCUGCUGAAGAACCUCGGCAGCUGGCUUGGCAGACUGACCAUCGGUCGAAACAAGUCGCUGUUGGCACGUGAGAUUGAUCCCAAGUCCCUCCUUAUUGAGGCCUACGAAAAGGGUUCGAUGAUUGCUGUUGUUCCGUUUACAUCGAAAAUCCUGGAGCCAUGCCAGGCGAGCAUCGCUUACCAGCCUCCAAAUCCGUGGACGAUGGGGAUCUUGAACCUUCUUGCCGAGAUAGCUCACCUGCCGAAUCUGAAGAUGAACAUCAAGUUCGAUAUCGAGGUGCUUUUCAAAAACCUUUCUGUGGACAUGAAGGACUUGAAGCCCACACAGCUCUUGAAGGGGCGUCCUCGGGAAAUGGAAAACAACCCCGACUUCUCAAACAAGGAUGCAGGAAUUGCUCACGCAGCAUCGCUGCCCGAACCCACCCCAUCAGCAGCAGCAGUCUCAAUUGGCCACCAGAUCCAGUAUGGUGCGGGAGCAGAUGGUUCUGCUGCUGGAGGCGGACUUCGAUCCAUGGCCACACAUCAGCCAGCUCCUGGCGGGGCACCUUUGCAAGCACCCUCUAUGGCUGCUGCCCAUGUCUUGCCGAUGCAGACAGCCGGAGAAGUGGAAGAGAAGGCUGGUGUUGUGGGGGCAGAGCGUGUGACUUUGGCUAAUCAAGGCAUGGUUCAAAACGCUAAUGUCGCGCAAUCGGCAUACAACAUGCAACAACAACUGCAGGUACAGAUGGCUGUGCCGAACAAUCUUGCAUCGAUGGUUGUGCAUAACUCGAAGCUGGCAGGGCUUAGUCAGCUUCAUAGUCAGCUUCAACUGCCAAGGAUUGUGCCGCAGGCAAUGGACCGUGCAAUCAGAGAGAUCAUAUCACCUGCAGUGGAGAGGAGCGUCACUAUUGCAUGCAUGACGACCAGGGAACUGGUGAUGAAGGAUUAUGCUCUGGAGGCGGAGGAAGGACGUAUACACCGGGCAGCAAAUUUGAUGGUGGCGAGUUUGGCUGGCAGCCUGGCUCAUGUGACUUGCAAGGAGCCGCUGAGGAACGCGAUGAAUCUAAAUCUGGGCACCCUGCUCCAGGGAAGCCUGUCUGGAGAGAUACUAGAGCAGGCAGUUCAGCUGAUAACCAACGAGUAUCUGGAUCUUGGAUGCGCUGUGAUUGAGAAAGCAGCAACUGAGAAGGCGCUGAGGGAUUUGGAAGAGAACCUGGGAGCUGCUCUCAUUCGCCGGAGGCAGCAGCGCGAUGCGCUUGGUGCAGCUUACUACGAGUCCCUGUACUCGAAUCUCGCUAGACUGCCGGAGGCUCUGAGGCCAAAGCUUGGAUGCUUGUCGCCGGCACAGCACCGUGUCUACGAGGACUUUGGGAGACUUCACUGGCAAGCUGGGCAGUCACCGAGCACGCCUCAGCAGAUGUCACCACCUAAUAUGCAACAGCCUGGUGGUGCUCCUCCUGCAACCGCAGCCAAUGCAGGACCUGCCCCUGGAGGGCGGAUGCCUCUGCAGCCGUACAGCCUGAACCAGAUGGUCCAGCAGAGUUUGCCUGGGUUUAAUGGGCCUGUGCAGAUGGGGGUUGCCACCGUGCAAGGUGUAGGAGGUGUGAAUCUGGCGUCAAUGCCGAUCGGGACUCUUGGCAUGCAGCCUAUGAGUGCAGGAAUGUUUGAGGAUAUCGGGCGUGCCACUCCCCCUCCGCAUAUGAGGGCAUCACCAAACUUCCCUCUGGCAGCCGCUGCGGGCAUGCAGCAAGAGCAAAACACUCGGAGCUUAUCUGACAUGGGGUUUGGACUGGGCUUUCAUACAGGAGCGACGGGCCCGACUGUGAUGAUGGAUUCUGCUGCGGAAAUUCCUGCCCAAGCGAAAGCUCUGUCUAUGGGGCCCUCUAAUGCAUCCCCGCUUGAUCAGGCAGGGGCAGGGUCUGUGGAGCCAAUUCUGAGUAUCAGCGAGGCCAUGGAGAAGUACCAUCUUGUCUCUCUUAAAAUAGACAUGCUGGUGGGCAAGGUCUCACAACAGGUUUAUGCGGCUCUUCCAGCGGAUCACGAGAUAAGAGCCCUGGUGGCCGACGUUCCGGAAAUCGUAACGCAGUGCAUUAGCAGAGAUGAAGCUGCUAUUGCAAUCGCCCAGAUGGAGUUCAAGCGGCUUUAUGAGGAUGGUGGCACCCAGUUUCACCAGUUCCACCUGUCUGUCCAUCUUGUUAUUCUGGAGGGAAUAAGGACGGUCUGCAAGCGUGUGGUGAAAGAGAUCACGAGCUGGGUAAUCUAUUCGGACGAAGAGAGGAAGUUGAAUCUGGAGGUAACGGUUGGGCUUAUUCGUUCGGGUUUGAUCAGUCUCUCGGAGUAUAACCUGCAUUUGGUGAAGCUGGUGGAUGGGGGACGGAAUGCCAAUGCCACAGAUUUCGCAAUCCAUCUAGUGAAGACGUGCAUCGUCCAGGAGCCAAUCGUGAAUGUGACAGAGCUUUUUAAUGUUAUAGAUGCGCUUUCAAAGAUCGCACAGCGCCCAAACUCGAACGAAUCGCUGCAGCAGCUUGUCGACCUUGCAAGGAACUCGGCAACGUCGGAUGGAGGGCAGUACGGCGCUGUUGGAGCAAAGGAGGAUAAAGGGCGAAUGAAGGCCGAGAAGAAGUCUGGUUCAGGCAGGGCUGCUGUUGUGAAAGAGGAAGGGAAGGGUGGGAACCAGGAAGGUGCAGCCGGUGACCCUGUUGGGCUGCGCGAAAAGGUUGGCGCCCUCUUUGAGGACUGGGCGCAGAUUUGCGACUCCCCGGUCGGUGGGGAGAAGGCUUAUGCACUGUACAUAUCGCGGCUUCAGCUCUCCGGGCUGCUCAAGGGAGAUGACAUAUCCGACCGCUUUUUCCGUCUCCUCACGGAGCUGGCGGUUGCCCACUCUCUCAGCACUGCCGAUAACUCUGGCGGCUCCCAAGGGACCUUGGUCUUCACAGCAAUCGACAUGUACUCGAAGCUUGUGGUGCUCCUCGUGAAGUUCUACGUUGAUCCUUCGGGGAACAAUGCAAUGUCUAAGGUCAAUCUCCUGAAUCGUGUUCUCGGUGUGAUGCUCAAGGUGAUCUUAAGAGAUGCGGAUGAGAAGAAAAUGUCCUUCAAUCCGCGGCCAUACUUCCGGCUGUUUGUGAAUUGGUUCAUGGACUUCAACCAGCCAGACCCGAACAAUCUGGACUCUAACAAUUUCCUUGUUCUGACAGCCUUCGGGUCAGCGCUGUACGGACUUCAGCCGUUGCGGGUGCCCGGUUUCAGCUUUGCGUGGUUGGAACUCGUGAGCCAUCGGAUGCUCAUGUCAAAGCUUUUGCAAGCGAAUCAACAGAAGGGUUGGCCGUUGUUUCAGAAGCUGCUGGUUGCCCUUUUCAAAUUCAUGGAGCCCUACCUGAGAAACGCUGAUCUGAGCGAGCCGGUUCGACUUCUUUACAAGGGUACCCUUCGAGUGUUGCUUGUGCUUCUCCACGAUUUCCCCGAGUUCCUGUGCGACAAUCACUUCAGCUUUUGUGAUGUCAUUCCUCCCAGCUGCAUUCAGAUGCGGAAUCUCAUUUUGAGCGCAUUCCCUCGCAAUAUGCGCCUGCCUGAUCCGUUUACGCCGAACCUGAAGGUCGACCUCCUUCCCGAGAUCAGCCAGUCUCCGAGAAUCCUGUCAGAGGUCGAUCUGGCCUUGCGAAUGAAGCAGAUGAAAAGCGACGUAGACGAGUACUUGAAGACAAGGGAGCCACCGACUUUCCUCUCGGAUCUCAAGCAACGCUUGUUGCUGUCGCCUCAGGAGGCUCUGCAGUGCGGGACUAGGUACAACGUUCCUCUGGUCAACUCCUUGGUUCUGUAUGUUGGAAUGCAGGCAAUACAGCAAUUACAGAGUAAAACGUCGCCCCAGCAGAUGGCCGCACCGACCCCGUCGAUCACGCAGAGCGCGCCGACUGAUAUCUUCCAGAAACUCAUCACAGACCUUGAUACCGAUGGCCGUUACCUGUUUCUCAAUGCUAUCGCCAAUCAACUGAGGUAUCCGAACAAUCACACACAUUACUUCUCCUGCGUUCUCCUCUACCUUUUCGCGGAUGCCAACCAGGAGAUCAUCCAGGAGCAAAUAACCCGUGUGCUGUUGGAGCGCCUCAUCGUCAACCGUCCACACCCGUGGGGCCUUCUCAUAACGUUCAUCGAGCUUAUCAAGAACCCCCGAUAUAAUUUCUGGAGCCAUGGGUUUACCCGCUGCGCACCGGAGAUCGAGAAGCUGUUCGAGUCCGUGGCACGGUCGUGUAUGGCGCCGCCUGUGAAACCCCCAGACGAUGAACGCAUGGCGAGUUUGACAGCGGAGCAGCUGCGAGCCUGAGAGGAGUUCUGCGGCGCCCUUCUGUCCGUGCAACCGUGCAGGCUACGGUAACGAAGGGGCUUUGGUAGCUUUGCGGCGAAGCAGCCGACAGCCGGCGAGGACUUCCAGCGCCGUUCUGUCCGUGCCACCAUGCAGGCUACGGUCACGAAGGUAUCGCGUUUGUUUCGUCAGUCGCUUGUAGAUUUGUUUUAGGCUUAUCAGGGUGGUGUUUUGACAUCAGUGAGACAACUCUCGACACUUUCCGGUGCGAGGAUUCUUAUCUUUUUUCCUAUAUUCACUGUCGUUGAAUGUGUAGCAAACAUUGCACCUUCGUGUUCAUUUGCUGCUUGUUCAUAUCUUCUGGUGGACAAUGGAGUGUGUCAUCCCCUAUGCGAUGAUCUGGCCAAGGUCGGCCGCUUGGAAAAGUCUUCUUUAUCGCUUUCCUCCUUGCCGAGGCUCUCAAACUGAAGUCUCUUCGUCGGCAAUGCGAGGUAGGCAAGCAUUGUGAAUGGGUAUUGUGAAUUGCCGAGCGGCGGGGAAAGCUCUUCUUCCUUGCCUGCCUUGCCUUCUCCCCUUGCGCUCAUUUGCGGAAGAAGUUCGUGCUCAGACUUGGUUCUGCGAGGGAGGUAAGCGCUGUGCACGAGCGUCGUGCAUCUCAAGCCGUGUUCGCACUUGCGCUGCCACCAUAAGGAUCGGCUUUCCAUGGUCCAUGUCUUGGAACUCGUAUUGGUCUAGGAGCUACCUGCUCCCCAUUUCUCCCUCCACCCCCAAAUGGACCCCCCCCCCCUGUGAUAAGCAGAGGCCCAUUCACAAUGUGGAGAGGAUUUUGGAUUUUUUCUAAGUUGUCGACUUCCGUCUUGAAAGGCGAGAGAAGGAAAACCAUGGUUGAUUGGAUUCGAGCUUCUACCGUCAAUAGUUCCAAAGUGGCUCUGUUUCCCAUUGGCUUUGUCUAAAACUACCUGAAAGGACGACGCUCUCGUUAAAGUGGCCGUUCUCUAUUGCAAGCUUGUAUCAAAGCAAAGCAGGUCUGUAGACUCUGUAGCAGUCUGUACCAUAGUUGUUGUUUUUUUUUUUUUUUUUUUUGUAACCGUCUAUGAAACUGGAUUUGCACUGUAGUUUUUUGUUUUUGCUUUGUUUUGUGAACAUGCUGCAUUCAUGCAUCUUUUAGGUGUUUCGAUGGCGGUAUGUGCGCCUGUACUGCGCUGCGUGUGUUUAUUGAAAAUUGGAAGUUUGGACUUGGCAUCCUGUAUGAGCCUUUACAGACAGUCUUCUGCCAAAGAGAGAGAAUGCGGUUAUUAUCGUUGUGUAUCUAGAGUCUAAGACUCAU